AUGUCGGGUCAAACGCUCACGGAUCGAAUCGCAGCUGCUCAGUACAGCGUGACUGGUUCUGCUGUAGCCAGGGCUGUCUGCAAAGCAACCACUCAUGAAGUAAUGGGGCCCAAGAAAAAGCACCUGGACUAUUUGAUUCAGGCUACCAAUGAGACAAAUGUUAAUAUUCCUCAGAUGGCUGACACACUAUUUGAAAGAGCAACAAAUAGUAGCUGGGUGGUUGUAUUCAAAGCCUUAGUGACAACGCAUCAUCUAAUGGUCCACGGUAAUGAGAGAUUUAUUCAGUAUUUGGCCUCUAGAAAUACAUUAUUCAAUCUCAGCAAUUUUUUGGACAAGAGUGGUUCUCAUGGCUAUGAUAUGUCUACCUUUAUAAGACGUUAUAGUAGAUACUUGAAUGAAAAGGCUUUCUCCUACAGACAAAUGGCCUUUGACUUUGCCAGAGUGAAGAAGGGAGCUGAUGGUGUAAUGAGAACAAUGGUUCCCGAAAAGCUACUAAAGAGUAUGCCAAUAUUACAGGGACAAAUUGAUGCAUUGCUUGAAUUUGAUGUUCAUCCAAAUGAGCUGACAAAUGGUGUCAUAAAUGCUGCAUUUAUGCUUCUUUUUAAAGAUCUCAUCAAACUUUUUGCUUGCUAUAAUGAUGGAGUCAUUAAUUUAUUAGAAAAAUUUUUUGAAAUGAAGAAGGGGCAAUGCAAAGAUGCCCUAGAAAUUUACAAACGAUUUCUAACUAGAAUGACACGAGUCUCAGAAUUUCUUAAGGUUGCAGAGCAAGUUGGUAUUGAUAAAGGUGAUAUUCCAGAUCUUACACAGGCUCCCAGCAGUCUUAUGGAGACACUUGAACAGCAUCUAAAUACAUUAGAAGGAAAGAAAACUGGAAACAAUGAUGGAUCUGGUGCUCCCUCUCCACUAAGUAAGUCUUCUCCAGCCACAACUGUUACAUCUCCUAAUUCUACUCCAGCUAAAACUAUUGAUACCUCCCCACCAGUUGACUUAUUUGCAACCGCAUCUGCAGUAGCUCCUGUCAGUACUUCUAAACCAUCUAGUGAUCUCCUUGAUCUCCAACCAGACUUCUCAUCUGGGGCACAGUCAGCAGCAGCAACAACAGCACCCCCUCCAGCACCUUCUGGAGGGGCAACUGCAUGGGGAGAUCUUUUGGGAGAAGAUUCUUUGGCUGCACUUUCCACUGUUCCCUCUGAAGCACAGAUUUCAGAUCCAUUUGCCCCAGAGCCUAGCCCUCCUACUACUGCUGAAAUUGCAACUGCUUCUGCUUCCUCUUCAACUACCACAACUAUUACUGCUGUCACUGCUGAAGUGGAUCUUUUUGGAGAUGCCUUUGCAGCUUCUCCUGGUGAAGCCCCUGCAGCACCUGAAGGGGCAGCAGCACCAGCUACCCCAACCCCUGUAGCAGCAGCACUUGAUGCAUGUUCAGGAAAUGACCCCUUUGCCCCAUCUGAAGGUAGUGCAGAGACUGCUCCUGAACUGGACCUUUUUGCAAUGAAGCCUCCUGAGACCAGCAUUCCUGUAGUUACCCCUACAACUAGUGCAGCCCCCACGAUUCCCGCAACAACUCCUUCUCCUGCUCCUGCUGCUGCAGCUGCCACUGCUACUACUACUACUGCUGCUACUGCCACUACCACCACCGCCACCACACCCGCCACCACCACCACAACCACUGCUCCUCCUGCUCUAGAUAUCUUUGGUGAUUUAUUUGAAUCUGCUCCUGAUGUUGCUGCAGCACCUAAGCCAGAGGCCACUCCUAGCAUAGACUUGUUUGGUACAGAUGCUUUCUCAUCUCCUCCACAUGGGGCUUCUCCUGUGCCUGAGAGUUCUCUCACUGCUGAUCUCUUAUCCGUGGAUGCAUUUGCAGCAGCAUCUCCUGUAGCCACUGCCUCUCCGGCAAAGGUGGAUUCUUCAGGUGUGAUUGACCUUUUUGGUGAUGCUUUUGGAAGCAGUGUUUCUGAACCCCAACCUGCAACCCAGGCUGUUUCUAGUUCCUCAGCUUCUGCCGACCUACUAGCUGGUUUUGGAGGUUCUUUCAUUGCACCCUCUCCAUCACCAGUGACACCAGCUCAGAACAACCUAUUGCAGCCUAAUUUUGAAGCAGCUUUUGGAUCAUCACCAUCAACUACUAGCAGCAGCUCCUUUGAUCCAUCAGUGUUUGAUGGUCUAGGGGAUCUUCUUAUGCCAACUAUGAUCCCUGCUGGUCAGCCUGCACCUAUUUCUGCUGCAACACCUGGUCCUGCUAUGGCAGCAAGCAAAGCCCUUGGAAGUGAUCUUGAUUCAUCUCUUGCAAAUUUAGUAGGAAAUCUUGGGAUUUCUGGUACCACGUCAAAAAAAGGAGAUCUUCAGUGGAAUGCUGGAGAAAGGAAACUGACAGGAGGAGCUAACUGGCAACCGAAAGUAGCACCAGCAACAUGGUCAACUGGUGUCCCACCAAGUGGCUCCUUGCAAGGAGCCGUACCUUCUGCUAGUUCGGUCCCUCCUGGUGCUGGGGCACCACCUGUUGGGCAGCCAGGAACAGGAUUUGGAAUGCCCCCUGCUGGAACGGGUGUGCCCAUGAUGCCGCAGCAGCCGGUGAUGUUUGCACAGCCCAUGAUGAGGCCCCCAUUCGGAGCGGCCUCUGUACCUGGUGCACAGCUUUCUCCAAGCCCUACACCUGCCACUCAGAGCCCCAAGAAACCUCCAGCAAAGGACCCACUAGCGGAUCUUAACAUCAAGGAUUUCUUAUAA